AUGUCAAAGCAAAUCACACUCAGCAAAGAUAUACUGAAAAGUAUUAUGUCAUUUGUCGACUUUUCGGUUUUCGUUUUGCUUCCCUACAUCUCAAAACGAGUUCACAUAAUCGCACAAAACACAACAAAUCUCCCGAAAAUCACUCAUCACGACGUAUUAGUUAAUUACGACCUUUUCAAAAUUUUUGAGAUCGUGCAAUCUCAAAAAGUCGACGCUCACUUCCCUCAAGACUCUCUUAGUUUUGUUGACGACAUCUUUAUGGACAAGUUUUCAAAUGUUUCCAUUAAUUUGGAAACCCCACCAAACCCUAGCGUGUUAAAAAAAUGUGCAAAUGUUUUGAAGAACAUCAUUUACUGUGGUAAUCUGGAUUACUCACACUGUCAAAAGAUCAAAAUGAACACAACGGAUUUUACAAAAUUUUCGGGGAAAUUCGAGAUACUCCAAAACUGUAAAUUCGUUUUGGUUGAAAUGGUGUGGGAAGAAUUGAACGAAAAAAAAUUGAAUGAUUUUGAGGCAUGUCUCACACCUGAUAUAACAGCAAAAAUUGUUAUUACUCACACAAUCUCGACCAUCGAUGAUGUUGAUAAAAUCACACAAUUUUUAACUAAGUACGAAAGUUAUUCAAAUAUAGUUCAUUUAUUAGACGUCAAUAGUUACAUCCGGUUUCAUCCGUUUGUUAUUGACAAAAAGAGUUUUGACGGAAUGAAACAUGUUAUUUCAAAAAGUGAAGAAGAUGAGGAAGGUGUUUUUGACGGGAAAAUAGCGGGGAAAGUGAUGAUGAUGAAAAAAGGAUUGAAGUAUGCAAAAAAGCAAAUUUGUUUGACAAAUUUUGAGUUCCUCGCUCCAUACGCUCCAACUGAAAUUUGUGUUUGUGGAUAUAAAAGCCGGAAAGUUGAUCUGAGUUCUCUUGAAUACAUCAAAAUAAUCAAGUAUGACGUUUAUAGUGGAAACGGGAAUGUAUGCCAAUUUCCUGAGACGGUGGAAGAAAUGGAAGUGUUACAGACAUUCCCCACUAAAAUAGAAAAAGAAACUAUUGAAGAACUAAAGUUGCCUAGUUUAAGAAAAAUGGAAGUUGGUGAAGGAUACAAGAAAAGACCUCAAAUUGAAAAGAGAAAGCUUGAGAUUGGGGAGAAAAUAUUGGAAAAUAUCGGGAGAUUGGGGUUGAGAGAAAUCACGAUUAAUACGGUGGAAUGCCGUGGAUAUUUAAGGCUCGCGGAUAUGAGGAAAAUCGACGUGAGAAAUGUCAACUGCGAACUCACAAUUGAAUGCGACAGUGUCAAGAAACUUGUCCUUGUGAUGUCCGAGGCGAUAAUCCGGAUUAAAAAAGACGAGCCCAUCGAGGAACUUGUCACAGACUUCUCACACGUCAGAGUUCAAUCGACAAAACUUGGCCAAACUCAAAUUGUGAAAAUCGUUGAGUGUAAUAAUGAGUGGGUAUUUCUUAACUUUUUUAAGGCAAAAGUCGUUGUGUUGGAACAACUGGACGCUACCACAGUUGUGCUUGAUAACGACACCGUGAAGUAUUUGAUUAUUAAUGGAUGUCAAAAACUAAGUAUGGCUGGGUUGUCUUCAAAAAGCGAUUUGAAAAAUCUCAAAUUCUGUUCGAUUCAGGGGUGCGAAUUGCUCACAGAACUUGCGGAAAAGCACCCGAAGAAGAAAAAAUGA